AUUGCACACACACAAGCGCACGCACACGCGCACAAACACACUGCUCCACCCCACACCUACACUCUGUGACUGGCUGGGCUUGUUGGUGCUCACGCCCAUACCUGUUUGCUUACUCUGGAGGGAGACACCUGUCAGGCAGACUUUCUCUCAGGUCACACCAGUCACACCGAUCAACUCCCAGCUGACAAGGGUGGACGUUGCUCUGCUGGAGGCCAACGGGACGCUUCCUGUAGUCAAAGUAACAUACAAAGCAGGACAGAGAGAAACCUCUAGAACAACCAUGCCAAACGGGCAGGAGAAAGAGGCUGUGAUGCGGACCACUAAGGUGCGGACCAAGCUGAAGGGAGACAACAGCUGGCUGCAGGCGCGCAAUAACCCUGAGCCCAAAGAUGAAGAGGAGAAACCAUGGAUAAAAGAAGUGAGAGCCAGUCGUGUAAAUGGCGCCCCUAUUGAGACCAGCCCGGUGUCUCCCCCCGUAAAGCCCACCCCCUCACCCAGCAAACCUGCCACAGAAAGAAGUGUUUCCACCAAACCUGAGAGCAAGCCUGCUUCAUUUAAUGGCUUCAGUGGGAAAACAAACUUCAUACCAAAGACCACUUCAGAUACCUACAAGAAAAUAGCCCCGCACACUUUGAGGUCCAGUUCAGACAGCCCAGGACAAACAGAGGGCCAGAUUAGCCCUGAAGAGCAGGAGAGACGGAGGGAGGCAGCCAGCGGUGUUUUGAAGAAAUCUGCAGCCAGACAACGAUCCUAUGUCCUCUCUGCUGCUAAGAAAUUUGAGCCUGCAGAUAAAUCACCUGUCACCUCACCCGUUGACAUCAGUCUAUCAUUUGUGGCUAAAAGGGUGGAGGUUACAGAUGAUGAUGAAAGCACUGAGACUGAGGCAGCUCCACCCUCCUCCUCCUCCUCCUCCUCCUCCUCCUCCUCCUCCCCUGCCAUCCCUGCCACAACCCCUGUCUCUGCACGUCAGCCCAAACCACGGACAAAACUGAGGACAACAGUUGAUGUCACUGCUGAUGAACCAGUGGCUCCAACAGUAGAAGACACUGCCCCAGAGCCUGCGAAAGAAGCCCCCCCUGUAGUCCCCAUCAAAGAGGACACAGCAGUAGUCGCACCUGAAAAAGACCCAUUUGAAGACUUGAAACCAGGGUGCACGAAGGUGGCCACUCCUCUCCCAGAGCUAGCCUUCGAGGAUGUUGAGCAAGUCUGUGCAGAACCAGAACCUGAUGACUCAGCGGUUUCUGGGAAAGAUGAUGCUCCUCAGCCGGACCCGGCACCAGUGUCACCUGCCCCGGUGUCACCUGCCCCGGUGUCACCUGCCCCAGUGUCACCUGCCCCAGAGUUACCUGCCCCAGUGUCACCUGCCCCAGAGUCACCUGCCCCAGAGUUACCUGUCCCAGUGUCACCUGCCCCAGAGUCACCUGCUCCAGUGUCUGCUGUCACUCAGGACACAGAGGAGACACACCCUGAGCCAGAGCCAUCUCCAAACCAGAGUGCUGACACACUCACCGCCUUGUCUGACACUCUCAUUUCUUUCGACACACGUUCGACCAGUCUAUUGGACACUCCGAACGAGAGCGAUGUGUCCGACCUUGUUGCACCUGACAGUUUUAAGGAUGAAGAACCAGCCGUGGCAGAGGAAGAGGCAGGCCCAGUAGAUGUUCACACGGAUGACAGUGAUGAACAGGAGUCGACCAAGGUGCUCAGUAACUGUGUAGAAAUAACUGAUGAUCUUCUGUCUUUCGAUAAUGGGCCAAAGGAGCUGGAGGACCCGGUUCCCCCCAGUCCAGGUCGCUGGAGUCAGGAUCUGCUUAGUGGACCAGACAGUCUCUCAGAUCCAGCAAUGAACAGUAACUCCCUGGACCUGCUGGCUGAUGAUGUCAUCCCCAUCGACACAGAGGCACGCAGCCUCAGCACUGAGCAAGAGGAGGAGAAGCAGACAGACGAGACAGCCCAAGAAACACAAAGCCCCACAGAGACAGUCACUGUAACCACCAAAACUGUGAUCAUUACUGACACCAGCAGUACAGAGGACAGUCCAGAGCCCUGGAGCUCACAAGUGACAACAACCUCAGUCACCAAAUCCAGCUUGGCUGAUCCAUUUGAUCCAUAUCCGAUAGGGACCACGUCCCCUAACAGCCCCCCUGACCUGCUCCAGCCCCAUUCAGCCCAUUCCAUCAACAGUAUGAGCAGCAAUGCCUUGGAAUCCCUUGCAGAGGACGUCAUCCCUAUCAACACUGACACCAAAAGUCUCAGCACUGACCGAUCUUGGAGACGCAAGUGGGAGACCAGCACACCCCAGCACACUACCACAGAAAAGAGCCAAGAGGCUGAACCUGCAGGCCAUGGUGAAGAUCAACAGAUAUUGGUCACAUUUGAGAGAAAGUCCACUGAGAAUGACUCCCCAUGGGACAGAUGGACAUCACCCACUGUCUACACUACCACUACUACAACAGAGGAAGAAGAGGAGGAGGAGGAGGAGGAGGAGGAAGAGGAAGAGGAGAGCCCUGAAGAUACAGAGAUACAGACCGUGACGGCCAUCUCCACCAUCAGGGAGACAUACAGUGACCCAGAGCCUGCUAUGGAUCGUUACGGCACCUUGGAGACAGAGGAAGAAAACCGAGUCGAAACACCAGAAUCGGAGCCCAAAAAGGGGUUUGUGUAUGUAAAGGAAUAUGUCAAUGCAACAGAGAUGUCCUCCCAUGGUGUCACAGACACUGAUGUCGGUGGAUCUGAUUAUGUGGCAUCAAGCUCCUCCAACUACUCCUACUACAGCCCCUCCACUUACUCCAGGGGCUCACUGUCAUCCCCCUGCACAUAUUGUGGAGAGCUGGUGGGCAAUGACGCCAGGAUCACUAUUGAGCACCUCAAUAUCAACUGCCACCCGGCCUGCUUCAAGUGUGGUGAGUGCAGUAAGCCUAUGGGAGAUCUUCUUGACAAUAUGUUCCUGCACGGCGGAACAGUCCACUGCGAGAGCUGCUACUCCAAAGCCCUCGACUGAUUACCGCUGCUCUUCAACAGCCUCUUUUCCCUGUCCCCUAUUCCUUCUUGCUCAUUUGCAUAUAAAAAGGAGAGAACUAGUCUUUCACAAAGUUUGGACUGUAAUAGGUUUGAACUUAGGAAUUCUUUGGUUGGGGGUGAUCAAAGAAAACUGUUUUGGUGAACAAUAUGAUUACUUAAUGCUGAUUCUUGUAUACGUUUAAACGUCCAAUUUCUCAAGUUUGUAUUUCUCCCUCAUGGUGAAAGUUGUGCCUGCCUCAGUAAACUAUGAAGGAUAUGUCUCUAACACAAUAUGCGCUGCAAAGUGAACUG